GCCAUGGCACCCACAGGACCUGGGGCUGGGGCACCUGGCCUGCCCAGAAGCUCACUCUCACCUCGGCUCCCACCUGCACUUCCCACCUUCUGAGCCCCUCAGUCUUCAUCUUUUAGUUGAGCCGAGCCAGCUGUGUCUAGAGAUCACAUUAUGGAGCCUGGAAAGGAAAAAGGGACCGCGACCCCUCAGGAGCCUAAUCAAAGCCCAAGACCUGAUGCGAGGUCUAUAAUGAUGAAUAAAAAUCUACGAAAAGGGGGAAAGAAGAAAGAUUUAGAAGAACUGAAGAAGGAAGCGGAUAUGGAUGACCACAAGCUAACCUUGGAUGAGUUGAGUGCCAAGUACUCUGUGGACUUGACCAAGGGCCAUAGCCUCAAAGACGCCCAGGAGAUUCUGUUUGCAAACGGACCGAAUGCACUAAGCCCUCCCCCGACCACACCAGAGUGGGUCAAAUUCUGUAAACAAAUGUUUGGCGGCUUCUCCCUCCUGCUGUGGACUGGUGCCUUUCUCUGCUUCCUGGCCUACGGCAUACACGUACAUUACAGUGAAAAGACCAACAAAGAUAAUCUGUACCUGGGCAUCGUACUUGCUGCCGUGGUCCUCAUUACUGGCUGCUUCUCAUAUUAUCAGGAGGCCAAGAGCUCCAAGAUCAUGGAAUCUUUUAAGAACAUGGUGCCUCAGCAAGCUCUGGUAAUUCGAGGUGGAGAGAAGAUGCAAAUCAAUGUAAAAGACGUGGUUCUGGGAGACCUAGUAGAAGUGAAGGGCGGAGACCAAGUCCCUGCUGACAUCAGGGUUAUCGCUGCACAAGGAUGUAAGGUAGACAACUCCUCCCUGACUGGGGAGUCCGAACCCCAGUCUCGCUGCCCUGAUUGCACCCAUGAGAACCUUUUGGAGACCCGGAACAUCCUCUUCUUCUCCACCAACUGUGUAGAAGGAACAGCCCGGGGUAUUGUGAUCGCUACAGGAGAUUCCACAGUCAUGGGCCGAAUUGCUUCCCUGACGUCUGGCUUGGCGCUAGGCCAGACCCCCAUCGCUGCUGAAAUCGAACACUUCAUCCAUCUGAUCACAGCUGUCGCCAUCUUCCUUGGCAUCACGUUUUUCUCACUCUCGCUUAUCUUGGGCUACGGCUGGCUGGAUGCUGUCAUCUUCCUGAUUGGCAUCAUUGUGGCCAAUGUGCCCGAAGGGCUGCUGGCCACUGUCACUGUGUGCCUGACCCUGACCGCCAAGCGCAUGGCUCGCAAGAACUGCCUGGUGAAGAACCUGGAGGCAGUGGAGACCCUCGGCUCCACUUCCACCAUCUGCUCAGACAAGACGGGCACCCUCACCCAGAACCGCAUGACCGUGGCCCACUUGUGGUUUGAUAAGACUGUGUAUGAGGCCGACACCAGUGAGGAACAAACUACCGGGAAAACAUUUCCCAAGUCCUCGGACACCUGGUUUCACCUGGCUCGAAUUGCCGGUCUCUGUAACCGGGCUGACUUUAGGCCUCAUCAGGAAUCUGUUCCCAUAGCUAAGCGGGCAACAUCAGGGGAUGCUUCUGAGUCAGCGCUCCUCAAAUUCAUUGAACAAUCUUACAGCCCUGUGAAUGAAAUGAGACAGAAAAACCCUAAGGUGGCAGAGAUCCCCUUUAAUUCUACCAACAAGUACCAGAUGUCCAUCCACCUUCUGGAAGAUAACUCCCAAGCCCAUGUGCUGCUGAUGAAGGGUGCUCCCGAGAGGAUCAUGGAUUUUUGCACCAGUUUCAUGCUGAAUGGGCAGGAGUACCCUAUGGAUGAGGAAAUGAAGAUAGACUUCCAAAAUGCCUACUUAGAACUGGGAGGUCUGGGAGAGCGCGUGCUGGGGUUCUGCUUCUUGAACUUGCCUAGCAACUUCUCUAAGGGGUUCCAGUUCAAUACAGAUGAAAUAAAUUUUCCCAUGAAAAAUCUGUGUUUCGCGGGCCUCAUAUCCAUGAUCGACCCGCCUCGAACUGCUGUGCCUGAGGCUGUGGGCAAGUGUCGAAGCGCAGGGAUUAAGGUAAUCAUGGUAACAGGGGAUCAUCCCAUCACUGCCAAAGCUAUUGCCAAAAGUGUGGGCAUCAUUUCAGAAGCCAACGAGACAGCAGAGGACAUGGCUACUCGACUUAAUGUCCCUAUCAGCCAAAUCAAUACCAAGUCUGUUAAAGCCAUUGUAGUGCACGGCUCAGAACUUAAGGACAUGAACUCAGAACAGCUGGACCAUAUCCUCAAGUCCUACAAGGAGAUCGUGUUUGCUCGGACCUCCCCUCAGCAGAAGCUCAUCAUUGUAGAGGGGUGUCAGAGACUGGGAGCCAUUGUGGCAGUGACUGGUGACGGGGUGAACGACUCCCCCGCGCUGAAGAAGGCCGAUAUCGGCAUUGCCAUGGGCAUCACUGGCUCUGAUGUCUCUAAGCAGGCCGCUGACAUGAUUCUCCUCGAUGACAACUUUGCCUCCAUCGUGACAGGCGUGGAGGAGGGUCGUCUCAUCUUUGACAACCUGAAGAAGUCCAUCGCGUACACCCUGACCAGCAACAUUCCUGAGAUCACCCCCUUCCUGCUGUUCAUCGUCUUAAGUAUACCCUUGCCUCUGGGUACCAUUACCAUUCUCUGCAUUGACCUGGGCACUGACAUGGUCCCUGCAAUCUCCUUGGCUUAUGAGACACCUGAGAGUGACAUCAUGAAGAGGCUUCCCCGGAACCCCAAAACUGACAAUCUUGUGAACCACCGGCUCAUUGGCAUGGCCUAUGGGCAGAUCGGGAUGAUACAGGCACUGGCUGGAUUCUUCACCUAUUUUGUGAUCCUGGCAGAGAACGGUUUUAAACCUUGGGAUCUGCUGGGUAUCCGUCUAUACUGGGAUGAUGCAAGCAUAAAUGACCUAGAAGACAGCUUUGGACAGCAGUGGACCUACGAGCAGCGGAAGGUGGUGGAGUACACAUGCCAAACGGCCUUCUUCAUCAGCAUUGUGAUUGUGCAGUGGUCUGACCUCAUCAUCUGCAAGACCCGCCGAAAUUCGCUCUUCAAGCAGGGCAUGAAAAACAAAGUCCUAUUGUUUGGAAUCUUUGAGGAGACAUUUCUGGCAGCUGUCCUGUCCUACACUCCAGGCAUGGAUGUGGCCCUGCGAAUGUACCCUCUCAGGAUAAACUGGUGGUUCUGCGCCCUUCCCUACAGUGUUCUCAUCUUCAUCUAUGAUGAAAUCAGAAAACUCAUCAUCCGUAGACGGCCUGGUGGCUGGCUGGAGAAGGAAACGUACUACUAAGUGCAGCAGAGAAAGAUCUUCACAUGACAUUGGUCUCCCAAGAGCUGAGACUGAGUGUAACACAACAUCUGAGAUAAAAUCCAAGCGGGGGGCAGAGACACUGGAUUGAAUUUACUCUGGAUGAGAGAGAGGCGUUCCUGUGGCUGGACCAGGAGCAUCUGGUAGGAGAUGGGGUGGGUUGGGGAAAGCCCAGCCUGCUCUAUCUGGAGCCCAGCGAGGAGGUGCACCGUCCUGAUACAUCCAGUAACCAGUCUAGAGAGUAAACAUUUGGAGCAGCCCUCGCCUAA